AUGAGCCAUCUGCAGAACUUACUGUUGGAUACCCUUCUGGGAACAAAGCAUGUUGACAGUGCAGCGCUCAUCAAGCUCCAAGAACGAAGCUUGUGUGUAGCAUCACCAGGAUUUAGUAUAAUGCCUCAUGACGUUCGAACACUUGUGAAUGGAUUCGCCAAGAACCCUUUGCAAACUAGAAGAGAAGGAUUGUAUUUCAAGGAAAAGGACUACAAAUGUAUCCGGGCUGAUGACUAUUCACUUUAUGCUAAGAAUGAAAACACGGGUGUGGUUGUUGUGAAGACCCAUCUAUAUCUUCUGGUGGCAACUUACACUGAAGGCAUGUAUCCUAGUGUCUGUGUGGAAGCCACAGAGAAGCUGGGAGAAUAUCUAAGAAGAAAAGGAAAUUAAGUCAUCAGAGGACUAUGAAAGACAGCUGUCAUUAUUUUAAGAAAUAGAUCCUAAAGAAAAAAAAUCAUGCCUUCUUUUGUGGUUGAAAACACUAGGAAGAAGAUACUAAAGAGGAAGAAUGAGUUAAGGGAGCAAUUUUUCUUAUUUCAAGAGAUCUUCUUUUUUAAUUGGAAUUCUUUGAUAAGCUAUACUUGGUUUGUUUAAGUGUUGGUCAUUGACAUGAGUAUGAGAAACCUGCUAUCUGCCCAGGGCAUAUCUGUUGAGAGACUCCUCCCUGAGGGUCUUGUGCUCCCACACAUCUUGCUGGGUAUGCCAAGAAUGCAAGACUCUAACAACUCUUCAUCCAGGCCCUUUCUCGGGGUGAUUUUGCAGGAAGAAACCUUGAACAAGGAGGUAAUGCCUCCCUUCAGAACAAAGAGCAAAGUUUCUUACUGCUUACUAUAAAAGAGGUAAGUUCCCUGAACUCAGAGCUGUAAUGCCACUCACUACAUAUGUGACAUCCAUCUGGUCCACACCACCCCUGUAGGACUUGGGGAGAAGAGCAACACAAAAGCCACACUUUGGGCCACAAGUCAAGGUAUUUAACGGACGUUCCAUGCUCCCCACCACCUACAGGCAUCUGAUUUUGUUGAACAUGGGGAAGGCCUUUCAAAAGUCAACUCAAAAGAAUUUUUAAAGAAUCAACUCAAAAAGAUUUUUUACUCCAUCUUCUUCACUUCCUCCUAGUCCUCACAACUUAUUAUGAUUAAUGAAUGCGACCUUCUCCAGAAAGGGUUCAUCUCCUCUUGGUCACUUACUGGGUGACCAGGACAAUAAGGGUAGGGAGCUAUAGAACCUAUUUUGAAAAUUCAGGAUUCCACCCUGAUCAUUUCUGGGCAUGAUGCAUCUUCCUUUCCCCUAACGGCAACUCCAGACCAACCUGGUUGGUACACUCUCAGGUACUCCUGAGGAGAGAACAGCUUACACCCCUGGCAUCAAGUCUUAGACCUCUUGCAGUUCUUGACAUGAUCAAGCAGCAAAGUACAAUUUUCUGAAUUCCAAACACAUGCUAUCUGGGGCUCUCCAUGUAGACCUGCCUAUAGAUUUUGGCAUCAGUCCUCACUGAUGGAAUAUCUCAUUGAGAUAUUCCUCAAUGGUUUCUCCUUGUAAAUCAGCACAUUGACAUCAUGUGGAUUAUAUACUCAACUCUCCACAUGCUGUCAAGCUGGGGUUUUGAGCCUGCAAAGCAGAAGGUCUGACUCUAGGUAAUGUCUGAAGUGCUAGAGGCAAUCAUGAAGCCUCUUGCCUGCUCACCAGCUCUUCCUGGACACAUGCCCACUGCACUGCUGGGAUCCUCCUGGGGCCCUUUUUGUAAACCUCCUCAAGGCAAGUGUCUCACUGUCUAGAGACCUUCUAUGCAGAUCUGUCCAGUUACGUUCUGAAAUUCUCAUCACAAAGUUCCAACUAGGUCCAGAUCUUCAGAGAGACCCACGAAAGUGACCCUUUGGUGGUAGCCAGAGUACUUGGAGAGGUUCCCAGGGACUAGAUGAUCUUCUGAAACAGUGGGGAUCUCCAAAUGAGGGAGAUUUGUGUCCUGGUGAUCCACAAACACUUUAGAAUGGGCACACAGGUGCAAAUGGGUUUAAGUGAUUAAUUUUUUUCCCAGAUCCUCAAUUUCCAUAUGUACUUGCCAUGACUGAGGAGUCUCUCAGCUCUAGCUUCCCACCUGCCCUCCCCAAGCUCCCUUCCCCCAGGAUAGAAAAGAAAGGGGUACUCUCAUCCAGCCC